ACGAAAAUUUUGUGUGAAAACUUAUCAUUUCCAUAGAAUUAAGUUGUGAAGUGUUUGGUACGUGUAUUAAUGAAUAGUUUGUAAAUAAAUUUGGUGCGGUUGACAGUGUAGCGGUGUGGAAAAACAUGAAUCGAAGUGAGGGUCUUGUGCGACGUGUAAAAAAUCGGAGUGAAAAUCCAGGCAAUUCCGAUCAGGGCGCAUCAAAUUCAUCAGCAAAUCAUAAUGAUGAUGAGAGGAACGAUAAUGAAAACGAUGUGGAUGAUUGUGAUUCCAAGGAGACAAGAUUGACACUUAUGGAAGAAGUUCUCUUGCUUGGACUCAAAGACAAAGAGGGGUAUACAUCUUUUUGGAAUGAUUGUAUCUCGAGCGGCCUCCGGGGAUGUAUUCUGAUUGAAUUGGGAAUUCGGGGUCGUGUGGAGUUAGAGCGCGCUGGAAUGCGUCGGAAGGGGCUGUGCUCGCGGAAACUCUGCCUCAAGUCCGAUACACCUACUGGUGAUGUGCUCCUGGAUGAGGCUCUGAAGCACAUUAAGGAGACAGAUCCACCGGAGACGGUGCAGAGUUGGAUUGAGUACCUCAGUGGAGAAACGUGGAAUCCGCUUAAAUUGCGGUAUCAACUAAAGAAUGUCCGGGAGCGCCUUGCGAAGAAUCUGGUGGAGAAGGGUGUCCUAACCACAGAGAAGCAGAACUUUCUCCUAUUCGACAUGACUACACAUCCACUCAGUGAUAAUGUUAUUAAGUGCAAACUCGUCAAGAAGAUCCAGGAUGCAGUUCUCUCAAAGUGGGUCAAUGAUCCACAACGCAUGGACAAGAGAAUGCUGUCUCUGAUAUACUUGGCACAGGCAAGUGAUGUCCUGGAGAAUGCCUUUUCGCCACUCAACGAUGAUGACUAUGAAUUGGCCAUGAGGCGUGUCCGGGAACUUUUGGAUUUAGAUUUUGAGGCGGAGGCCGCUAAGGCGAAUGCAAACGAAGUGAUUUGGGCAGUUUUUGCAGCAUUCACAAAAUAAUACACGGAGAUCCAUUUUCACAGUGAGCAGAAGAUGUACACAGAGUGAGAGAAACACGUUAAAAAUCACAUGAAAAUAUUGCUGGCAUAUUUAUAAAUACAUAAAAAAAAGAAAAAGCUCUGUGACUGGAUGGUGGAUUUGUGAAAGUUGGCGGAGGAUUCCGCAAGGGGAGUGUUAUUAGAAUAUAUGUACACAUUUAUUAAAAUUAAAUCAAUACUAUUAAUCUACUUACAUACGAGAAAAUCAUCUCAAAUUCCCAUUUUUAUCUGGUCUCUUGUAAGCAAAAAAAAAAAUCAGCAGAAGAUAUUUUGUUCUUUUAUGUUUUGAGCCAAUUUGAAAAGUAUUUCAUUAGGCCGUCAUGGGCGAGUUUUAUUUUUAAAAACAGAAUUUAUAUUAUACAUGAUAGUUUAGUGACAUUUUCAAUAAAAAUCUCUCGAGGAAGAUUG